AUGCAAGCUCUUUUCUUUGCAUCACUGUUUCUUUUCACUAUUAACUUGGUGAAUGGUUGUACAACCUAUCCAGACGAUCCUCUUCGUACCGCUAUCGUUCAACGAAUUUGUGAACUACAGAAAGAUGUUUCUGAUCUUUAUGAGAGUUUGCUCAAGCCAGAUGAAGUAUUAGGGCUUCAAACUACUGAUGCACCUAUGCAGAAACGCAAAAACGAGUUUAUCCGCUUUGGAAAACGAGGAGACGGAACUGUCGCUAAAAGAAAGAAUGAAUUCAUAAGAUUUGGAAAAAGAAAAAACGAGUUCAUUCGAUUCGGACGAUCACAGAAUCCAAUGGUUCUCGAUGAUGUCAACGAGAUGGUUAAGAGAAAGAAUGAAUUCAUUCGUUUCGGAUAA